UCCAGGCAACGCCGUCGCCCCGGCCCCUCGUCCUCCCUCCGGGGACCGGUCCCGGCACCCGCUCGCCCCGGGCGGCCGCAGUGGGCACUGCGGCGAGCGCGCCCCUCAGGGCCCAGCGCGACGCCGCCGCCCUGUCUCCGGGAGCUCGCCGCAACCGCGGAGGACGGGGCUCCAGCAUCAGCGGCCGGUCCCCGGUGUCGUCCCAGACCGCGGCGGGGCGGAGGGCGAGGCGGGCGCCGCCGCAAGACGGGCGGGAGCCGCCGCAGUGAGGCGGCGGCGGGCCGCGUUGCCAUGGCAGCGCUGCCCCAGCCGAGGGCUUAGGCGGGCGGCGGCAGCCGGCCGCCGGGAGAGGCAGGGGGCGCCCCGCGGCCGGGCCCCGCCGGGAGGAGAAGGGGUUAAAGCGGGAGGGCGCGGCGCUGCGGGGGUCGCUGCUGGGGGCAGCCCGCAGGCGGGUGUGGGGAUGUGCCACGGCGGGGGCCGUGCUCUGGGUGCGUGGCGGGGCUGAGGAGGUGAAGCCUGUGUGCUCCCUCCCCGGGCGGAAUGGAGGCCGUGGGCGCUGCGGAGGAUGGGUUUUAUGAGGAGGAGGAGGAGGAGGUGACCUGCUACGACUUCGAGCCUCUGCCGACGCUGCUGGAGGACGAGGAGAAUGUGUCCCUUGCUGAUAUUUUGUCACUGCGGGAUAGCUGUCUUACGGAGCAAGAUAUUUGGGCAAUCUGCCUGGAGUGUUGCCAUUCUCUGAAGAGCAUUGCCCAUUCUGCAAUCUUCCAGACACUCUGCAUCACUCCUGACACACUGGCUUUUAACACCAAUGGCAAUGUAUGCUUCAUGGAACAACUCAGUGAUGAUCCAGAGGGUGCCUUUGUUCCACCAGAAUUUGAUAUCACCGGUAACACUUUUGAGGCACACAUCUAUUCUCUGGGUGCAACAUUGAAAGCAGCAAUUGAAUAUAUAGUAGAACCUGAGACGGAAUCUGAAUUUGGGCAAGAUCUGCAUACUCUACUGGAACAAAUGCAAGAAGAGAAUCCUGAAAAUAGGCCAGAUAUUGAGAGUAUUUUGUCAUUAUGUGAAGAAAAACUGAAGAUUGCUUCAUCAAGUAAUAUUUGUCGAAGCCUCUCUGCUGUUGGAAGAAGAGUUCUUUCAAUUGAAUCAUUUGGUGCUUCUCAAGAUGCCUGUGAUAACAUGUGGAAGGGAAGAGUGUGUCAGAGAAGUUUGGGAUCUAAAUUAUACUCAAAUGAGAAAAACAAUAUAGGUGAUUCGUCUGCAGUGGAAGAUGUGACAGCUACCUGUCAUAAGGACUCUUCUGUAGUUACUAUGGUGACUGGCAGAGACAGUGAUUUAAAGGAAGUGCAAAUUGAUCUGGAUAAUGAGAAAACUCAGCAUUCUCAACUUGCAACUCAAGCUAAAAAGAGCAAAGAAGAGGACAAACAUGCAGUAUAUACUGACAGCUUUGCUAGUGCUGCUUUGGAUAUAAAAUCAAGUGUUAUUGACCUGGAGAGAGAUGUCAUUUUUAAGAAAGGUUCUUUGAGAAAAAUUAAAACCUUUCCAAAGCUACCACUUGAACCUACAGAAACAAAUCAUUUUUUUACAUCUGUAACCAACAGUGGAACUCUAGCUAGGAAAAAUCACUUGCUUACACAUGAGUCACUACCUCUAGACAAUAAUAAUGAAAUUGCUUUUUCAAAGGGAAAUCUUAAUUCACUUGCUAUUAGUAGUCCGCACAUAACAGAACCAAAGAAUCACCAGGUUAAUGAUCUUCAUUUAGAAGCUCCUUGUGUGUGUACGCAGGUGUCUGGCAUGAAUCUAGAAGAACACAUGUCACUUAUUAAAGGUAAAAAGAUAGGUUUAAUUUCAUGUGAUCACAAAGAAGACUGUUCUGAUACUACCUCUGAAAUGCCUGUUACAACUGGUAUACUAAAAAGUCCAAAUCAAUCAAUUACUGGAGCAAAAAUGCUAGACAAUUACAUGGCAUUGGAAGACUGUACUGAAACUUUUCAAGGGUCAAAUGAAAAAUCUUUAUCACACUUUAACAAGAUGACUUCAGUGUUGACAACAAAACCCAGUGGGAACAGAUAUGGAUCAAACCUAAUUAGGUCUCCAGAAUUAAACAGCGGUACAAUGAGCGCAAACAAUAAUGAAGAUAAUCUUUAUCAAGGCAGAGGGUCAGAAAUCAAAAGUAAUGAGCAGUGGAUCUCCCUAAAACUCCUGUUGUCUUUGCAUGGUAAACCUCUGAAAGACUAUGAACUCUGGGCAUUGUGUCACGAGUGUUUAUGUACUCUGCACACUUGCACAGAUUAUCCAGUGGUCUUAUGUUUGGACACUGUAUUGAUUGACUGCCAUGGAAGUAUCCUCUUUGCUGCUCCGAAAGCUGAAGAAUCUUGUGAUAUAUUUUAUUUAGCUCCUGAAAUUGAAGAAGAAGAUGUAGAUACUGAGAAGGUCUGUAUUUACGGUGUUGCUGCAGUUCUGUGGAUGGCAGCAAAAUACAGCUUUCCACCUAAUCACAAGCUAGCAUUGCCAAGAAAAUUAAAAAACCUUCUUCUGGAUAUGGCAAAAAAAAAUCCUGAGGAAAGACCUUCUCUAGCUGAUGCAACUAAGACAUGCAGUUAUUAUUUACUUGAACAAGGAGUAAACAGCAAAAAUAUUUUGGCAUUGUUGAAUAAAUCUGUCUUUAAGGUUGUUGAGGAAGAAGUAGUAUCUUCUCAGAGUCAUGGUGCUUUUGAAAUUAAAAAUGAAAGACUUGAAAUGAGCCCUUCAGAGUCAAGUCUAGGAUUUGUGCCUAUUACCAGUGAAAGUAAACUUAUAGCAGUUAAAGGACCAGUACCGUGCCAGAUUUCUCUAAAUAGUGAGAUAGCUACAUUACCUGCAGCAUUCACCUCUCCUGCAACUCACUUUAAGCCUAUCAUUCUGCAACAAAAUGCAAACAUAACGAAAGAGGUUCACACGCCAGCUACUGAGCAAUUCAAAAAAGAGAUGAGAAAAGAAAAACACAUUGAUCACAACAAAUCAGGAUAUGCAGAAAGCUCUAAAAACUAUUGUAUCAAUGACACAGUUGUUCAAACUGCACCUGAAAUACCUGAAUUUCAUUUACAAGUUCCAGGCCACUCAUUCCAGAUAUCUUCAGAAGAGCAAAAGUUAGGAAAUAUGCUUUCUUCUGCAGUUACAUUACCAUCACCAUCUGAUUCCUCAUAUGUUCCACAAGAAAAAAGAAUUUUAUCUGAUGUUCCUUCAAGCUCCUUAGCUUGUCCUACAUCUCCUAAUUCUCUUCAUAUAAAUAACAUCAUUCUCAAACAAGACUCAGAGAAAAGAGUUUUAACAUUUGUACCAGUACACUUAGCUGUAUCUGAGCAAAUACCAAAUAAGCCUCUUCGUUCAAGAAUUGCUUCUGAUUGUUAUCAUAGGUUGCCAGUGCUACUUUCAAGUACUAUUGCAAAUUAUAAACUGAGCAUGCAAACAGAAAACGAUUCCUCCCCCUGCAAAGUGCAAAACUGUGAAACUACUAAUACACAGAACAAAUUUGACAAAAGUAACCAAGUUUUUCAACCCAACUGCCAAGAAAUUGAGUGUGCUACCACUGUAGGCAGAAUUUUCACUGAGCAAGGACACAUGCCAUGUACCGGAAUGGAACAAAGUACUUCUUGUGUCUUUGAUGUAGAAGUCCUGUGCCAGCAGAAUAGAACAAAUGACAUUUUGCUACAGAAAGUGGUUCAUCUUAUCCAAGAAGAGUUUGCAUUUGAUGGCUAUCUAGAGAAUGGAGUUGAAGUUUUUGAUAUGGGUAACUUCAUUUUAACAUUAAAGGAAAUUAAGUUUGGUGUGUUCUCUGAUGCAAUCUGUGAGAAGUUUUGUGACCUCUACUGGGAUGAAAAAUUACUGGAGAAUCUCUACCGAGUAGUAAAUGGAGAAAGAGCUUCACAUUUAUGCAUAGCUGAAGCAGAUGACUCAAAACGUGGCAGUGUAUUCCAAGAUCUGAAGAAAUCUGACAGCUUUUUGGCAAGCAGUGCUCAGACAGAGGGAGAAGGGGAAGCAACCUUUGACAUGAAGGAUGAGCUUAUGAUAAAUACAUCGUUAACUGAGAUGAAUUGUAAUGGGACGCCUUCAGAUAAUUUCAAAAAAGAAUCAGGGCUGCAGAAUACUACUCCUAUAGAAAAAGAAGGACAAUGUUUACAAAGCAAUGGCUGUCAUAUUGGUCCAGACUUUGCAGAGGAAAAUGUGGAGCCACAGGAAGAGACCACGAUAAAGACAAAUGGAAACAACUACCUUGUGCCUCCAAAUCUACCUGACUUUCAUGGCUGUAGUCCAGGUUGGAGCAGUGCAUUUUAUGGAGCUGAAUGUUUUGAUUCAGAAGUUCAUAGUUACAUGAAAAAUCUUGGAAAGCAGAAAUCAAGUGAGUCACAAAAUAUAGAUGCUAAAAAAGUGGAACUAGAACAAUUGCUAAUGAUGGAGACAAAAAAUUACAGAAAGACCCUACAGUUUUACCAGAAACUAUUGCAGAAAGAAAGAAGAAGCAAAGGUCCUGAAACUAGAUCUAUGUUGCCCAAAUUGAGAGGACAGCUACAGGAGAUGAAAUCAAAGGUGCAGUUUCUUGAACUGGUGAAGAAAUAUGUGCAGAUCAUGUAUGCAGAACAAUGGGGUGUGGAAUCCUGUGUGCUUCCUACAGUCAUUCACAACAGGAGAACUGACACCAUGGAUGUGGCACCUACAGAUGAGUCGUCAUUGCUUGUUUACUAUAAUACAGAGAAACAUAAAUGCAAUAAUCAAAAUGGAAUAAGAGUUCUGCAGGCUGGGACACCACUUGGUUUAAUGGCUUAUUUGUAUUCUAGAAAUGCAUUUUUAGAAGGCUAUGUACAGCAGUUUCUCUACACGUUUCGCUAUUUCUGCACACAAGAAGAAUUUUUGCAGUUUCUUCUUGAUAGAAUCAGCAGCACUUUAUCCAGUGCAAGCCUGGAUCCUUCCACAUCACUUACCAAAAUAUGUAACCGCAGUUUCUACAUCCUGCAGGCUUGGAUUGAAGACUGCUACAGUGUAGACUUUGCAACAAAUGCAGACCUUUUAUGUACCCUAAAAGAAUUUAUUUCUUCCAAGGUAGCUCCAUUAAAUGGCUAUGGUGAGCACUUGUUGUCAUUGCUUGAGGAUGCUUCUGCCAGAAAAAAUGGCAGUGGUCAGCAGUGCUCCAGCAUGGACAAAUGCGAAGAACGGGAGGAGGACAGAAGAACAUUGCACUCCAUGUGUAAAAAGCUCUCAGAAGAUACUUCCAGAAAGAACUUUAACUGGAAACUUUCCAAAGGUACGGGACCAAUUGCACAGUAUCAGAGGGAGCGACUGUACACUAUUUCAUCGGUUUUGCCAAAGCCAUGCUAUAGCAGUUUUACAGAAGAAUCCCCACUCUCCUUUGCUAAAGCAGAUGAAGUCGGACCAUAUAUUUUAACAGAAUACAGUACACAACAGCUUUGUUGUCAGCUGACAUUACUGCAACAGGAAUUAUUUCAUAAAUGUCAUCCAGUACACUUUCUAAAUUCAAGAGCACUUGGUGUUAAAGACAAAUGUGUUCCUGUCCAAAAAGCUGUUUCUGCUGAGGAAGCGUCAUUUAAAGUCUGUAAUCUGUUUCUAUCGAAGUGCAUACAGGACCAGUACCUUCUACAAUUACUAAGAAAUGCAGACAGUAUCAGUACCUGGGUUGCUGCUGAAAUUGUAACAUGUCACACAUCUAAGCUGCAGGUGAACUUGUUAUCAAAAUUUCUUCUUAUAGCAAAAUCCUGCUAUGAACAAAGAAAUUUUGCUACUGCGAUGCAAAUCCUAGCAGGCUUGGAAAAUCUUAUUGUACGACAGUUACCAGCCUGGAAAAUCCUACCUGCAAAAGUAGCUGAAAUAAUGGAAGAACUCAAGGCUGUUGAGGUGUUUUUAAAAAGUGACAGCUUGUGUUUGAUGGAAGGAGAAAGAUUCAAAACACUUCCAACAAUUCCAUCAGCCCAUGUUUUGGCUAUGCAUGUCCAACAACUUGAAACUGGAGGAUUCACAAUGACAAAUGGAGCUCACAAGUGGACUAAACUUAGAAAUAUCGCAAAAGUUGUGAGCCAAGUUCAUGCAUUUCAAGAGAAUCCGUAUACUUUUACACCAGAUUUCAAGCUCCAGUCUUACCUCAGACAAAGAAUAACUCAUUUUAAAGAUGCAGACAUUUCUGCCUUGGCAGCUGACAACUGUGCCAACUUCCAUCAGAUACCAGCAGAAAAGCAUUCUCGAAAAAUUCAGGACACGCUGCGCAGAAUGAAGGCAACAUUUCAGUAAUUAUUUACAUUUUAGCUGUUCCUAGUCCCAGUGUAGUCUCUAAAACAGGAUUAAGUUGACUUUAUCUCCUGAACCAAUUCCCAAGCAAAAACUUAAAAGUGACUUAAAAUAUUAUCUCAAUUUGAAAUAGAUAUAUUUCUUAACAUGGAAUAGUAAAAUGCUGAUUAACAAGAUUUGAUUCCUUGGCAACUGGAUGACAGAUCAAAGCCUAAAAGUAAAGAGACUAAUUUUGUCACUGUUCUUUAGCAUAAAAAAUAAUUAGCUCUCAGACAAAUAUCUGAAAAGUACCGUGGAAACAAAUUAUACUUCCAUCUCCUGUUGUUUCCUGUUGGCCUAGGAGAGUUUAGAGUAUGGUUCAUUAAAUGUUGAAUAUAUUUUUAUAUGAACAUAGUACAUUUGUAUCCUGUCACAGUGUGCAUAUAAUUCAGGGACACAGAUCCUCUAUUAUCUGUUGACCGUUGGUGGGACUUGCUUUUAUGUUGUGUAUUAUAAAACUAUAUUUGGCUUAAAUAAUUGGCUAUCCUUUUCUUCAGGUAUUCCAUGGAAGGAGAGGAAUGCCAUGCCGUAACAUUUUUUUGUUUGUUUAAUUUAACUGUCAUUAAAGUAACAUGUUUCCAUGUGAAAGAUCUGAAUCUAAAUCUUACCACUUUGUUGCUUUGCUUCUUCCUCCAUGUUCUCGUGAAAAGAGCAAAUGUGUAAUUGCCUUUUUUCUGUAUUUGAUACAAGAAUCACUUUGCUAAGUGUGUGUGUAUGUAUGUGGGCGUAUUGAUUAUGGCUUUUGCUCCUGAGGUUGCUCUUGUAGAUUGCAGUGCUCCAGCAGCAUUAAAUACAAGAUAACUGUAAGAAAAUUGAAUCUGCAUCUUGUAAAAUUUUGGUGCUAACAUAUUUAUAGAGCUUGUGCUUACAAGACCUUCUAAAUGGCAAUGAAAUGUGAUGCUAUGGCUAGAAAGUUUGUUGAGCUACCCAGGUUUAUGCAGGGUCAAGACUUUAAGCCUACAAAUCAAUUGAAAGUAGAAGUAUUUCUACCAGAGGAAACAAUGGUAGUAUUGAAUGAGAAGUGGGAAAGGAUGAGAAACAGAAAAUGAACUCUGUCCUGAAAGUGAUUUCCUAGAACUAUAUUUAAAAAAUAAGGAAAAAUAUAUUUUGGAAAGAGCAGAUAAGAUCUAACUGUCUUGGCAUGUUUUGGUGAUGGAGAAAGAUAAUUACGUAGGAAAUGGAAAUGUGCACAUCUGUAGUAUUUUACAAAAUGUUCUAUAGUAUUUGACAGAAAUGCAUGUGCACAUGUGAAAUUGUAGCUUUUUCAAUGUUUAAGAGAAAAGCUUCCCCUUUUCUCUUAUCAACAAUGGCAAUAUAUACCAUCACAGGCCUUCUGCUUCUCAUCUUUCUCAGGCAAACACAAGGUAUGUCCGUACUUUCCAUUAAAUACCUCAGUUACUUUUUCCUACUAAUAUUUUAACACCAAACUAACUUUUGUGCUCUUACUGGUUUAAACACUGGAGAACUCAGCCUUCAACAGGAUUUUCUUGCAUUUGUUCUACUUUUAAGAUGAUUUAUUUUGUUACUUACCAUAUGUAGGUUUAGCAUGUCAUUAAUUGGAGUAUUUCUACUUACCCUUAAGGAAGUAAAAUCUGUUGCUGUUGUAAUAAAUUUAAUAUUUCUCUAAAAAUUGCCGAAUGUGAAAACAUUUAAUCAUUACCUCCUGUCUUUAUAUAAUGCAGUGAUUUAAGAAUGUAAUGAUAACCGUAUCUUCAUAAAUAAGUUCACAUAUUUGAUCUGUAUGCGUUUAUUUAAAUGAUUUGGGUUUUUAGUUAUUUGCUUUUUCUCAAUCAAAAAUGCAUCAUUUGCUUAAAGCCACACCUUGCCUUUGAAAGACAGUAAAAUCUGAAGUAGCAUAAGCUUUACUAAUGCAAAGAAUUCCACAAAACUUGAUAACAUGAUCUUAAUAGAUGCAUUUUAUAUAGAUGCCAAUCAAGCUGUUGAAAUUGCCUUUAUGGAUUUACUUAGCAUUUAUAUUUUGCACACAUGUUAAUUCACAUAUUUCUAAUAGUUUUAUCAGGAUUUAAAGCAUCUACUACACAUAGAAAAUAUUAUUUUUAUUCUAUGACAAUAACUGGUGCUAUACAAGAAUUUAAAAGUAAUUUCAUAUCUUCUGCAUAAUGCUUCAGUGUAUAAGACUUUGUCAUUAUGUAUGCAUAGUAUUGAGUUAUGGUACUACUUUGGGGUAUUUUCAUCAAACAAAUAUUUAAGAUUUUGUAUUUAAACACCACCCCACAUCAACAGCAAAUGUAAAUAGCUAUUGAGAAAAAAAUAACUUUUACAAGGAAACUGGUCUGCUUUUGUCCAUGAACACUGAUGUAUGCACAUCUUAUGUGAAACAGAUUUAUCAAUAAAGUUAUGUCUAGAAUCUAAA